AUGUCGAUGACAAUUGAAGAAUGCAUGGCCACUCGGCCUGGUCGACCAGUACCUGAGAUUCCGAGUAAUGUCAUGGAUCAAUUCAGUAUGAAGGGCAAAGUCUGUGUCAUCACAGGGGCAAGCCGGGGGAUUGGAUACGCGGUUGCAGAGGCCUUCGCAGAAGCCGGUGCACAUAUCGUCAUGGUAUUUUCUUCCGAGAACCCGGCCAUGGAUCAGAAAGCAGCGGCAUUAGCUGAGCGGUGUGGAGUCAACGUCGUGACUCGGCGAUGCGAUGUUGGCCAUGCCACAAAGGUCGAAAGCCUGAUAUCGGAUAUCUGCACCGAGUUUGGCAGAAUCGAUGUUUUCGUUGCAAACGCUGGUAUCUGCAUCCCGGGAUCCAUUCUGGAGCAGACCUUGGAAGAGUACCACGCCCAGAUGAACGUCAAUGUGCACGGAGUAUUCUAUUGCGCAAAAUACGUUGGUACUGUGUUCAAGAAGCAAGGAAACGGCAACCUCAUCAUCACGAGCAGCAUUAGUGGACGGGUUGUCACAGUCCCAGUCGACCACACCACAUACAACGCAACCAAAGCAGCGGUCACGCAUCUCGGCAAGAGUCUAGCUCGCGAGUGGCGCGAAUUCUGUCGAGUAAAUAUUGUUUCCCCUGGCUGGAUCGACACAGAUAUGAGUUCCGAUCAAGCAGGCAUCAACGAAGCCCGCCGCAUGGCUGUGAUGGGCCGCCAAGGCCACGUUAAAGAAUUGAAAGCAAUCUAUCUUUAUCUAGCAAGCGAUGCAAGUUCAUUCGUUACUGGGGCAGACUUCACAAUUGACGGCGGUUACACUUUGCCCUGA